AGCAGGUGAGAGGCCAAUGCCAGAGGCGCCUGGGAGCAGCCCUGCGGGGGGCCUCGGUGGGCAGUGAGGGGAGGAAGAAGCCGAGGAGAGAAGGGGGCCCCGUGGAACCCCCGGGCUGCCUGCACCGCCUGACCUGCCGCUGAGGUGGGGCUGGGGGCUGGCCCUCUCUGGCCUCCGUGAGCCCACCCCUGGCCAUCAUCGGGGCAUGUCUGUCCCCUGGCCAUUUAACCCCAGCCGGACCAAGGGAAUGGUGGCCUGCCGGGCGGAGGCUCUCCUCUGGGUGGGCGGCAGCGUGGCUGUGUCCUCGCAGUGGCAGCUUGGCCCACUAGUGGAGCGAUGUAUGAGUGCCAUGCAGGCGGGGACGCAGAUGGUGAAGCUCCGUGGCGGCUCCAAGGGGCUGGUCCGCUUCUACUUCCUGGACGAACAUCGCUCCUGCAUCCGCUGGCGGCCCUCACGCAAGAACGAGAAGGCCAAGAUCUCCAUCGACUCCAUCCAGGAGGUGAGCGAGGGGCGGCAGUCAGAGGUCUUCCAGCGCUUCCCCGACAGCAGCUUCGACCCCAGCUGCUGCUUCAGCAUCUACCACGGCAGCCACCGAGAGUCGCUGGACCUGGUCUCACCCAGCGGCGACGAGGCGCGCACCUGGGUCACCGGCCUGCGCUACCUCAUGGCUGGCAUCCGUGACGAGGACAGCCUGGCCCGCCGCCAGCGCACCCGGGACCAAUGGCUGAAGCAGACGUUUGACGAGGCCGACAAGAACGGCGACGGCAGCCUGAGCAUCGGGGAGGUCCUGCAGCUGCUGCACAAGCUGAACGUGAACCUGCCGCGGCAGAGGGUGAAGCAGAUGUUCAAGGAAGCAGACACAGAUGACCACCAGGGGACACUGGGCUUCGAGGAGUUCUGUGCCUUCUACAAGAUGAUGUCCACCCGCCGGGACCUCUACCUGCUCAUGCUGGCCUACAGCGAGCACAAAGACCACCUGGACGCCGCCGACCUGCAGCGCUUCCUGGAGGUGGAGCAGAAGAUGACGGGCGUGACCCUCGAGAGCUGCCGUGACAUCAUCGAGCAGUUUGAGCCCUGCCCGGAGAACAAGAGUAAGGGGACCAUGGGCAUUGACGGGUUCACCAACUACACUCGGAGCCCCGCUGGCGACAUCUUCAACCCGGAGCACCACCGCGUACACCAGGACAUGACAUGGCCGCUGAGCCACUAUUUCAUCACCUCGUCUCACAACACCUACCUCGUGGGCGACCAGCUCAUGUCCCAGUCGAGGGUGGACAUGUACGCCUGGGUCCUGCAGUCCGGCUGCCGCUGCGUGGAGGUGGACUGCUGGGAUGGGCCUGACGGGGAGCCCAUUGUGCACCAUGGCUACACUCUGACCUCCAAGAUCCUCUUCAAAGACGUCAUUGAAACCAUCAACAAAUACGCCUUUGUCAAGAACGAGUAUCCAGUGAUUCUGUCCAUCGAGAACCACUGCAGUGUCGUCCAGCAGAAGAAGAUGGCCCAGUAUCUGACCGACAUCCUUGGGGACAAGCUGGACUUGUCAUCAGUUAGCAGCGAGGAUGCCACCACGCUACCCUCUCCACAGAUGCUCAAGGGCAAGAUCCUGGUGAAGGGCAAGAAGCUCCCAGCCAACAUCAGCGAGGACGCUGAGGAGGGCGAGGUGUCUGAUGAGGACAGUGCAGACGAGAUCGAUGAGGACUGCAAGCUCCUCAACGGGGAUGCCUCCACCAAUCUGAAGCAUGUGGAAAACAUUGCCAAGAGGAAACUGGAUUCCCUAAUGAAGGAGGCAAAGAUUCGGGACUGCGAAGACCCCAGUGACUUCACCGCGUCCACACUGCCCCCGCCUGGCAAACUCGGGCACACGGCAGAGGCCAAAAAGGUGGGAGCCCUGAGGCAGGCGGGGUCGGCCUGCAGCUGGGAGAGGGGCCGGAGCGUGAGGUUUCUGCACAGCUGUGCACACACACCUGCACACACACACACACCUGCCCCCCAAACCUGGCCACACACACAUACCUGCACACACACCUGCACACACACACACACCUGCACGCACACACACCUGCCCCCCCAAACCUGGCCACACACAUACACCUGCACACACCUGCACACACACACCUGCACACACACACACACCUGCACGCACACACACCUGCCCCCCCCAACCUGGCCACACACACAUACCUGCACAGCACUGGAGGAGUGUCGAACGGCACAUCGUGGGGAGCUGAUACGGGCGCGCGAGCGAGCGCUGUUCUCGGGCCUCUGCUCCCGGCACACUUCCUCCACGCCCCUCCCAGCUCCCUCCCUUCCAGGAAGGCGGCCUGGGGCCUCUGGGGGGAGCUGCCCAUCCCAACCCAGCCCCGCUGCCUGUCUCUCCUCCCAGGCCGAGGAGGCCGGAACCAGCAGACAGAACGGCCGGCUCCUCGCCAGCUUCUCGAAGCGCAAGAAAAAGAGCAGCAAGCUGAAGAAGGUGGCCAGCGUGGAGGAGGGGGACGAGGGCCCGGACGCCCAGGGCGGCCAGAGCCGAGGGGCCACCCGGCAGAAGAAGACCGUGAAGCUGUCCCGGGCCCUCUCAGACCUGGUCAAAUACACCAAGUCCGUGGGCAUCCACGACGUGGAGAUGGAGGUGGCGUCCAGCUGGCAGGUGUCUUCCUUCAGCGAGACCAAGGCCCAGCAGAUCCUGCAGCAGAAGCCGGCUCAGUACCUGCGCUUCAACCAGCACCAGCUCUCUCGCAUCUACCCCUCCUCCUACCGAGUGGAUUCCAGCAACUACAACCCGCAGCCCUUCUGGAACACCGGCUGCCAGAUGGUCGCCCUGAACUACCAGUCGGAGGGGCGGAUGCUCCAGCUGAACCGGGCCAAGUUCAGCGCCAACGGCAGCUGUGGCUACGUGCUCAAGCCCCAGUGCAUGUGCCAGGGCGUCUUCAACCCCAACUCCGAGGACCCUUUGCCCGGUCAGCUCAAGAAGCAGCUGGUGCUUCGGAUCAUCAGUGGACAGCAGCUCCCCAAGCCGCGGGACUCCAUGCUGGGGGACCGAGGGGAGAUCAUCGACCCCUUCGUGGAGGUGGAGGUCAUUGGGCUCCCCGUGGACUGCAGCAAGGAGCAGACGCGCGUGGUGGACGACAACGGAUUCAACCCCAUGUGGGAGGAGACCCUGGUGUUCACGGUGCACAUGCCUGAGAUAGCGCUGGUGCGCUUCCUCGUCUGGGACCAUGACCCCAUUGGGCGUGACUUCAUAGGCCAAAGGACGCUGGCCUUCAGCAGCAUGAUGCCAGGCUAUCGGCACGUGUACCUGGAGGGGAUGGAAGAGGCCUCCAUCUUUGUCCACGUGGCCGUCAGUGACAUCAGUGGUAAGGUCAAGCAGGCUCUGGGCCUAAAAGGCCUGUUCCUCCGAGGCCCAAAGCCCGGCUCCCUGGACAGUCAUGCUGCUGGGCGGCCCCCGCCCCGGCCCUCUGUUAGCCAGCGGCUCCUGCGGCGCACGGCCAGCGCCCCAACCAAGAGUCAGAAGCCAGGCCGCAAGGCCUUCCCAGAGCUGGUCCUGGGCCCGCAGGACCUGGGCUCUGAGGGGGAGGCCAGCGACGCGGCACCUUCCAGCCCCGGCCCCGCUCCCGAGGCCCCGGCCCUGGAGGAGCUGGGCAGCCGCAGCCCUCGAGACGCCCACCCCUUCUCCUCCCUGUGCAGCCUGGAAACCAUUGCCGAGGAGCCAGCCUGGGGUCCUGGCCCCCCACCGCCGGGGGCCGUCUCCCCCAGCCACCCCCCUGGAGGGCCCCAGUGCUCUGCGGGGCCCGGCACCAGCUCGGCGAGCCCCCCAAGGGUGGCUCUGGGAGCUUCCGGGCCCCUCCAGCUCGGGACCGGGAGCCAAGGGAACGCUGAGCCAGCCCCUGAAAGCAGGCAGUCGGCGUGCCACGGCGGGGGCCCUGCUGGGGCCUGCAAGGGCGCCCCCGGUAGCCAGACGGAUGGCAGGGGCCACCCCCGGGCUCUGGGCCACGUGCUCAGAAGGGCCAGGAGCGAGGGGCAGGUCCCCUCGGAGUCCCUGGGUGGACGGUGGCCCCUGGCCAGGCCCCGCCCCGUCGUGUCCUUGGAUGCCACUGGCGGUGACCAGCUAUGGCAGGCGCUGGAGCCAGGCAGCCACUGUGGCAGCGUGUCCCCGUCCUCCAGCCUGUCGUCUGGUGACACGGCCAUCGACCUCUCCCUGCAGGGCCUGGGCUUGGGACUUGACAGCCUCCCGGGGGCCCCGGCGGGACGCCUGCCCCUGUGGCCCUGCUUGGCCUCGGCCGCCUGCCUGGACCUGCCCGCUGUGACCAAGAGCAAAUCCAACCCCAACCUGCAGGCUGCUGGCCAGCUGCCUGUGGGGCCUGACGAGCUGCAGCCCCGCCCCCUGGCCCCAUGGCCACCCUGGGCCCACCACCCCCUGGUGGGCCUCCCGGACUGCACUGUGGCUGCCAAGUCCAAGAACCUUGGGGACCUAACCGUGGACGACAUUGCCCCCCGCGUGGAGAGCCCGGGCCGUGGCCUGGGCCUGGCCGGGGAGAGGCCGGCAGGGCGGGGGGUGCGGCUGGACGCCCUGACGGAGCAGCUGCGCAGGCUCACGGGGUUCCAGCAGGCUGGGGGCAUCACGUUGCCCACCACGGGGGUCCCGGCUGGGGAGGGGGCAGCGGGGGCCCCGGGCUUCCUGCGGCGUUCCUCCUCCCGCAGCCAGAGCCGUGUGCGCGCCAUCACCAGCCGGGCCCACCGGGCCCGGGAGCGGCAGCAGCGGCUGCAGGGCCCGAGGGGCUCCCCAGAGAAGGAGCGGGGCACCCCUGAGGGCGCCUGCUGCGUGGGCCAAGAGGGCUGUGGGGAUGUGCCGGCCCCCGCCAAGGGCGCCACCAACCAGCUGUCAGGUGCUGCCGCCACUGGCCUCCUGCUGCAGCCCAGGGCUGGGCGGGGCCCGCGUUUGCUCAGGGUGCGGAGCUGCUGCCCCCGAGGCUGCCGCCUGUCCGGUGUGGCUGUGCCCCUCGGCCCUGCCCCUCCUCCUGGGAGGAAGGAGCCCACCCUGGGGCAGGGCAGAGUUUUCACGAUCUUUUAAGAUCCACGUACACAUAGAAAGAUACUUAAAUUUUUAGAGGCAAAGCUUCUACAAUAAGAAAAUGGUGCCGUGUCCUUUUCCACUUUCCCCUGGUUUCAGCUGCGGGGCGUGUGCGGGCGCGCGUCUGCCGGGCCCUGCCAUGCGAGGCGCCCAGUGACCUGGAGCGUGGCCUCCCUGGCCCGACUGCUGGCUUGUUCUGCACACACUGCUCUGUACGGGACAUUGUAGACUCUUGUAAACUCCUGAACACAGCUCCAAUAAACACGCUUGCGCUUGC